AGGAGUGCUGAUGGGACAAUUUCUGCCGUCUGUCUUGUUGCUAUAAGGUAUAGGUACUUGCUGCUGCGGCUCCGCUAUAUAGGUAACAAACUGAAAGUAUAUCUACCUGAUAGGUGCCCCGGGCUGAAAUUAUUUAUCGGGAUGAGAACGGAUACUUAGAUAUUUGCAGCAUACAUUUCUGUUUUCACCGCGACUCCUUCAUUUCUACUUCAAUCACCUUGUCUUUACCCCGUCAUUUUAUCACCCCCGACCUGACUUCCGAUCUCAUCUUGCGACUGCAACAGCUGGCCAGCAACGCGACAAUCUUUGCUCAACAACCCUUCUACCUAACUCUGUCAACACAUUCGCUCACGUCUACUUCCAACCUCAUUCCCUUCCUCUUCUUGCCUCUGCUUUCUUCUCCCGUCAUCGACCCCAGCGUUUCGUUACCCGCUAUCGGGACAGGACUCUGAACAAUGGCGGGACACGCUUCGAAGCCGGUGGCACCUGGUUCCAUCGGAGACGGGAAAAGAAGAUACGACGAGUGGAAAGACGUAUCUGAUGGAGAGCCCCGGUCAAACCACGGCUUUGGCACGCUCUUCCCAGAGGGUUACAAGUCCAGUUUUUCUCCAAAGCCCAAAAUUUGCCACUGCCCAUUUCGAACUUGUGGACAAGCAUUCGCCGUGUCGCCGGACCUGGGCGAGCAUUUUGUAGUGAAGAUUCCAUUCCGGAGAAAUCCUACACGAUCACCUUGACGGUACAAGCUCUCUUCUUCCCCAAGAUGCCGAGUCCGCCAAGGAUGCAAA